AUGGCAGUGGUACCGAAGAGGGAGUCAUGGCUGACUAAACCCUUUUUGGCCUCGUUGCUGCUGGGCAUUGGGGGGUUUCUUUAUGGUUUCGACUCCGGCAUCGUCACGCCCAGUCUAGCGCUCGGUUCCUUUACCGGCUACUUUAACCACCCGGAUGCUCCGCUUCGUGGGGCGAUCGUCUCGGUCUACCAGGCCGGAGCAUGGCUUGGCAGCGCCUCAGUUGGUAUGACGAGCGAUAGGAUGGGCCGAAGGAGGGCGAUUGCCUUUGGGUGUGCCUGGGGCGUACUGGGAGCUGCACUCAUGGCUGGUGCGGCGCAUGUUGCUAUGCUCAUCAUCGGCCGGUUGUUGAUCGGAUAUGCCGUCGGGACUAUCACUGGUGUUGGGCCUGUGUUUGGGGCCGAGAUUGCCAAGACCAACGAGCGAGCCCGGAUCACAACCGUCAACCAGAUGAUGGUCUCCUGGGGUUUCUUCGUAGCCCUCUGGACAGGCGUCGGCGAAGGUAAAUGGGCCAACGCCAACCAAUGGCGUCUCGGUUUCGCCAUCCAAGGCAUCCCCGCCCUCAUCCUCGGCAUCGGCGUCCUCCUAAUCGGUGAAUCCCCCCGCUGGCUCUGUCUCAAAGGCCGGUACGACGAAGCCGAAGCCGCCUUCCGCGCCUGGCACUACAACGGCGCCAACGAUGAGUGGUGCCGCACCGAGUUCGCCACGAUCCAAGCUAGCAUUGCCGAGGAAACGCAGAUGCAAAGCCGGUUUCGGUGGGCGGAUCUCGUGCGCACGGCGCCGGCAAGGAAACGGCUGUUUGUUGGGUCGUUUGUGCUGGGGGCCGCUAUGUUGUCGGGGAUUAGUUUCGUGCAGUACUACCAGACGGCUAUCUAUGCGACGCUGCAGUUUGACCAGGACCAGCAGUUGUUGAUGAGCGGGCUGUAUGGGUGUGUGGCGCCCAUUGCAUCGACGCUGUCGUUGUUAUUUGUGGACCGGAUCGGGAGGAAGACGAUCUUGGUUUCGAGCGCGGCGUUGUUGUCGCUAUCGUACUUGAUUGUUACGGUUCUUGCGGCUAGGUUUCCGGCGGUGCCUGGGCAGCCGACGAAUGAGGCUGCGCAGAAGGGGUUGAUUGCGUGUAUUUUCUUGGUGUCGGCUAACUACUCGGCGUUGUUGGGGCCGAUGACUUGGAUUAUUCCUCCAGAGGUGUUCACGACCGAGUCACGCGCCAAGGCGAACGCGGUGGUCCAGAUCAUCCACUACUCUGUCAGCUUGAUCAUCACGCAGUGCUCGCCGAUUGCAUUGGAGCGGGUCGGUUGGAAGUAUUAUAUUCUCUUCAUCCUGACGAACGCCAUAUGCGCGGUCAUUUUUGCCGUGACAUAUCCGGAGACGAGAGGCAAAUCCCUCGAGGAGAUGCACGAGAUCUUUGGGGAUAUUCGCAAGAGCGAUGAUGGCGAAGUGGACUCGGAAAAAGAAGUCAGUGAGAAAGGCGGCGUAUCGGUUCUAACCGCGCCGAAGUGA